UGGUAUGUGGCCUCUUUGGUCCACAUGCCCGCCUGGGUGGCAAAGGAGCUCUCUUCCUUAGUCUUCUCUUUUUUCUGGUCCGGCAAGCGGGAGCUCGUCUCUCGCUCUGUUGUCUGUCAGCCCUCUCUUUUUGGUGGAUUCUCAGUUGUUAGUGUGCAGUUCAAGGUGUGGGCCCUUCUCGGCCAGUGGGUGAGGAGGUUUGCCUCCUCCUCCGCUGGUUGGUCCUCAUUCAUGUCUUUCUGGUUUAUGUCGUCUUUUGGUGUUUUGCCCUCUGUCGUUUUUUCCAGGCCAUUUUCUUUUGAUCCCAGGGUUUUGCCGCCUUUCUAUUCCUCUCUUCUUUUGGCUUGGCGAGGCCUCAAUGGUUCCUUUGCCACGGCCUGUAACUCUCUCGUCUUCGGCUCGUCCUGCCCUCUUUUCUGCUGUCCUGUGGCCGAUAUGUCCACAAAGAGUUGCUAUUUGUACCUUCUUUCCGAGAACAUGGUUCCGCCGCAUUGUGUCGCUAAGUUUUCCCUGAUGUUCGGUUCGCUUGAUUGGCCAUCCACGUGGCGCUCGCUGACCUUUUUUGACCUCGACCGUCAAGUUACCGAUCUAUGUUGGAAGAUUGCACACGGCGUCUUAUACACCGCACAGCGUCUUGUUUCUUUCGGAUUGUCAGUUCCCCCCUCUUGUUUUUGUGGGUCUCCUGUUGAGUCGCUGGAACAUUUGUUCUUUUACUGUCCCCUUGCUCAGAGUGUUCUCUCCUGGCUCCAGUCACUGUUGUUCAGUUUUUCCUUCAUGUGUCCUGCUCUUCUUUGCCGACAUGUUCUCUUCGGCUUCAGCUCUGAUGAGCUGGUUGUCACCCCCCGGGUCUUUGUGUAUUUGUUGAACCUCUGUAAAUAUUUCAUCUGGCAUUCCCGGAAUGACUUCCGUUUCCGUGCUGUUCGUCCUGGCGCUGCUGCGGUGAUCGCUAGGGUAAAAUCUCGUUUGAGAUUCCAUCUGCCCAUCUUUUUUAAGCGAUUUCAGUCUGCUCGCCGUCGUCGCUUCUUCCACCGUCAGUGGGGCGCCCGUGGUGUCGUCGCCACUGUCUCUGAUGGUCAUCUUUCCCUUGUCCUUUAA